AUGUGCUCAUCCGCCAGAAAUGGCGGCCGGCCGGCUCCCCCGGCAGCAGUGUCGCCGGAAGAUAACGGCGAGGACGAUUACAUGACCAUGACCUUCGGCGACACUCCCGCACUCGCCCAGCCCGAGACGUCGCUGCAGCGGCGCGAGAGAUUGCGGCGCGAGGCCGAGAAGCGCAGCCGCCCCAAGUCCAAGGCGGAACUAGCCACCGAGGAAGAGGCCCGCCGCGAGGCCGCCCUGUCGCGCUCGCUGCUGGAGCCCCUGCACGACGGCAGCUUGCGGAAGAGCAAGGGCCUUGCCAUGAUGGCCAAGAUGGGCUUCAAGGCAGGCAGCGCCCUGGGCAAGCAGGUCAGCCCAGAUGCUGCCGACACCACCGGCGGCGGCCUAAGCGGCAGCACCGCCAUCGUCGAGCCCAUCCGCGUCGUCAUCAAAGGCGGCCGCGAGGGCAUCGGCCUCGAGAACAAGCGCAAGCGCCAGCUCCGCGAGGCUGCCGAGGCUGCCGAGGCCGCCGGUGAGGGCCCCGAGGCAAAGCGCCCCAAAGUCAUCGACCCUGCCGAAUAUCGUGCCGCGCGGAGCCGCGAGAUCGAGGAAGCACGCCUCGGCAGGCUUGUCUACGCUGCGCAGAAGGUCGCCGAGAGCAUGGACGAAGAUAGUUGGGGUAAGGAGCAAGACGGUAAUCUCACGGCAACAUCAACAAAGACGACAGCCGAAUCUACAGCAGGACGUGGUCCCGAUGAUAUGAGUAAGAAAUGGACGCGGGCGAACGUGGGCCGCACCGUUUCAUCGCGCCCACUGAACUCCAUCCCCGUCGUCUGGCGGGGCCUGGUCAAGGGACGAGAGCAGGCCGAGCAGACCCGCCGGGUGCGGCACGACCUCGAGCAGAGCAGUUUGUCGCGUCUCCCGACGUACGACGACGCCGACGAAGACGAGGACGACCGUCGCGCGCUGGGCAAGGCGCAGACGGCCUACGUCGCGGCCGAAGACCUCGACGACGAAGACCCAGAGCUGGACGAGUUCAACGCGCUGCCCCCCGACGAGAGACUGCGCCGCCUCGUCGAGUACCUGCGUCACGAGCACUACUACUGCUUCUGGUGCAAGUUCAAGUACCCCGACGCCCAGAUGGAGGAUUGUCCUGGCCUGACCGAAGAGGACCACUAG